CGCCGCCACCCCGCGCUCCCGCACACGCAGGCGGCGGCUCGGGGCGGCGGGCGCGGAAGCGCCGGGACUUCCUCCGGUGGAGGCCGCUCCCCGCGGGGCGAUGCGGGCCGCCUGGGUGCUGCUGGCGGCGCUGGGCGCCCUGGCCGCCUAUUACAUCUACCUGCCGCUGCCCGGCACCGUGUCGGACUCGUGGAAGCUGAUGCUGCUGGAUGCCACUUUCCGGGCGGUGCAGCAGACGUGUCACUUGAUUCACUAUCUGAGACUCAGCCAUCACUUGAUAGUUCUGAAUUAUUUGAUUUGUACAUUUGACAAGCUGAAGUCUGUCUCUUCUGAGCCCAUUAACAUAACGGAUGUUGUUUUUGAUGGUGUGGAAGUCAGAGUGUUUGAACCUCCUGCAAAGCAAGAUGAACCGCUGAAGCGCAGUGUUGUUUACAUCCACGGAGGUGGCUGGGCCUUGGCAAGUGCAAGAACGAGCCUUUAUAACAACCUCUGCAGAAUCAUGGCUGAAUCUCUCAAUGCUGUAGUUGUCUCAAUUGAAUACAGGCUGGUACCAGAGGUGUGCUUUCCUGAGCAAUUCCACGAUGCUCUUCGUGCUACAAAGCAUUUUUUGCAGCCUGGUGUCUUAGCUGACUAUUCAGUUGACCCAAAUCGAAUUGCAAUUUCUGGCGACAGCGCAGGAGGAAAUUUGGCUGCUGCUGUGUGUCAGCAGCUUAGCAAAGAUGAGCAUUUGAUCAUCAGACCAAAACUGCAGGCAUUAAUUUACCCAGUCCUUCAGGCAUUUGACUUCAAUACACCUUCAUAUCAGCAGAACAUGAAUAUGCCCGUUCUUCCUCGUUAUGUCAUGAUUAACUACUGGAUAGACUAUUUUAAUGGUAAUUAUGACUUGGCUCACUCACUGCUGAUUAACAACCACACUGCUCUUGAUGUGCAUCAAGCUCUGACUUUCAGAGGACGUCUGAAUUGGACAUCCCUACUGCCCUCAUCAUUCAAAAAGAACUACAAGCCUGUAGUACAAACCACAGGCAAUGCAGAAAUAAUCCAGGAGAUACCAGCGCUGCUUGACGUACGAGCAGUCCCACUGCUUGCAGAAAAUGAGACUUUGCAGCUGCAGCCUAAGACUUAUAUUCUGACUUGUGAGAACGAUGUCCUGAGAGAUGACGGGGUGAUGUAUGCCAAGCGGCUGGAGAACGCUGGUGUGGAAGUCACACUCGAUCACUUUGAUGACUGCUUUCAUGGCUGUAUGAUAUUCACGAUUUGGCCUACUGAUUUCUCUGCAGGAAUUCAGACCAGAAACAGCUAUAUAAAGUGGUUGGAUGAAAACCUCUGAGGAGAGAGCUUCUCUAGAAUACGCUGUGCUCAGCUCUGGUGUCUGUUCUUGUAAAAGAACAAUCAGUGAAAAAGUGCACUUUUCCAAAUCACGAUUUCAUUCAUUCAGCUGCAGCAGGGGGGUGGCUGCAGAGCACAGACUACUAACUGUAGCAUUCACCCGCUCAAUUGGCCUUGCCCAGCAAAAUACUUUGUGACAUGUUUUUCAGACUUCAGGAUCUUUUUUUCCUUUCAGAUGACUUGCCAGCCAUAAAUGUUGAGCAAGAAGAUCAGCAUUCCUGUCACAUUCUUAACUAGCUAAAACUUUUGAGCUUUCUCUCUUCAUAAGGCAUAAAGGCCACAACUCUAGAAAGGAGCCAGGUAAAGCCAAGCACCUACAUCUACAUCUGAAUAUGUAUAAAAAGGGAGAACUGAUUUUCAGCAGUGUUGAGCACUUGCUGAUAGAGAAGAAAAGCUGAGCCCUCUCACUUUUGACAGCAGAGAAGCACAUUUGAAUAUCAGGAAUGGAUUUAGGUGUUGGCUUUUAGGCGCACAGAGAAAUGGUUCUUAAAUUAAAAAUAAUAAAAAUUGCUUUUCUGGGCAAUAAAGAUUAUGUUAAGCAAGUCUCGUAGCUGAACACAUAAUUCAGCUUUGGAAUUCGAUCUUUAUGGACUUUUAGUGGCUUAUAUUUUAUAAAAGCACAGAACAGAAUAUAUUUUCAGUAUUUUAAAUUAAAAAACGUUAUAUCAUAUAUGGAAAUAUGAAGAAUAAAGUGUGUAGCUGCAGAAUCUAGGUUGAUUAUGUGAGCUCAAAGCUUACUACUUGGCUAAGAAUAUGACACUGACAGUCUUGAAAGCCUCAGUUUUGUGACCUCCUUAGAGAAAAUACUGAGUGUGCUAAAAAUAAUCUGCUGUGUGGUUUGCACUAAUGUUUGUAAUUAAUAGUGGAAGUCUGUGUUCAUUGACUUUCUUUUGUGCUAGUAGCAUUUAUUGUAUUUCAUGCUUCCUGAAAGGAAAGAAACAGCAAACAGAAGUGGGCUCUAAUCUGUACUGGAGACUUAGAUUGGAACUUCGCUGCUGUACCUCUUCUGUCUAGUAGACUGAACCUGAAGUGCUAGCUAAGAUGAUCUAGCCAUUGUGUAGCACAUCUCUGCAGUUUGAACCAUUCUUUAAUAUUCAGAGAUGCAGAACAGCAAAGUGAAACCACUUACAACUGUGUCUAUCUUCCAGGAUGUUUACUGCUUGCAGAAAUGAAGGCUGUGUCAAAAUGUUGUGCCCGCUGUAUCUAGGCAGAGAGAAUGGCUGUCCCGUGACUAAACUAGGGGAUUAAAUUCAUUGUCGGCUUUACUGCUGACUUCCUGUAGGAACCCAGGAGAGCAACUUAAUCUCCUUGUGCCUCACUUUCUUCCCCUGCAAAACAGGGAGUAGUCAUUGCCUACCUCACAAAGGAGUUGUGAAGCCGAAUUCAUAGACAUUAGUGAAGCACAGGGAUACAUCACCGAAUCGCAGGCACUGAACAAACCCCUCAGCUUUUAACUGUCUGUCAUUCUUCAGCAGCUGCCUCAGAGCACUCUGCCCCACUGCAGGCAGCGCUGUUGGACUGCCUGUCCUCCUAGGAGGGGAACCGAUUUCUGUCCUGCCUUGUGUCAAAGACCAGGAAGCUGAGGGCUCUUGCCUGUUGGGGAAUCAGAACAAAAACAACGUUCUGAGAUUAUUUCUGAAAAGUUCUGCUAAGAAAAAAAGAAAAA